GCACCCCUGCAGGCGGGCGCCGCGUCUCUGGGGAUGUCCCCCAGGCCCCGCCCGCACCCAUCGCCGUGGCGCUCUUCUCGGCCGCGCCGCCGCCGUCGCCCUCCGCCGCCGCCGCCGCGGGCCCCUCGGCGUCGGCCGGCACGCGGCGGCACGGCGGCGGCAGCGCUGCGCAGCCGCUGCCGCAGCUGGACCGGCCCUACUUGGCUGCGCCGCCGACGCUGUCCGUUGGCAUCCUGAGGAGCUGGCUCAUUGAGCAGCUGGCAGCCAAGCAAGCCGUGGCGGCUGAUGGCGGCGAUGGCGGCGGCGGCGCCGACGGCGGCGGUGCUGGGGCGGCGGCCGGUGCUCAGGGUGAAAAGGGGCAGCAGCAGCAGCAGCGGCAGCAGCAGCAGCGGCAGCAGCAGCAGCAGCAGCAGCAGCAGGAGGAGGAGCGCGGCAAGGGGCAGCGGCGGACUGGGGCAGGGGCGCACUCACUAGCUGCGGGCUCUGGACCCCCGCAGCUGCAGCGGCUGCAGCUGCUGAGCGGGGGCCAUCCGCUGACGCACAUGACGGAGACUGUUGGGAAGCUGCGCCAGCGGACGCUGGCAAAGCCUAAGAAGGCAGGCAGCGGUGGCGGCGGCGCAGAGGAUGACCCCGUUUUGGUACUGACUUACAGGCUGGCGAGCUAG